AUGAAAUAAGAUUAUGAUCGUAUUGAUAAGGACACUUUAAGAAGAGAUCAUUAACUAAAUGGGUUAUUAUCCAAGAUUCGAGAUAGUGUGAUGAAAGGUUAGAUUGUAGAAGUUAAAACAAGAGCGAACUCAUAAUAUUAAGUAAAAAUAUUGAUCAAAUUAGUUAGAAAAUAAUUCAAAGUAGAGUUCUGGGGUUUCAUCAAUGAGUAAUUCUUUAAUUAAAAAUCACAAAUCAAAUUAAAAUGAGAUUAUAAGAGAUUUAGAUGAAAUCAUUAUAUCAUCUGAACGUGAUAAUCAAUAAAUAAUUCGAUUGACUAAUUCAUUUUGUUAAUCCCCUCCUAAAGUGAAAUGUGAAAUUGUAAAACCUGUUGUCUUAGAUCAUCAUUUAUCAUCUGAAAUAACAUUUGAAUCAUUUCCAAGUAAACUAGAUAUAAAUAAUACUCUCUAUACGGUUGAUAAAUAAUUAGAUGAUAUCGAAACUAAUUAAGACACUGGAAAUUGUGUUGAGUUCAUUAAAAUACUAAAAAAAAUAACUGAAGAUUUAUAAGAAUAUAUGAAAAAAAACAUAGAUUCAAAAAAAUUAUAAAUAGCUAAUGGAAUUCAAAUGGUAAGGACGUUAUGCUUAUUAACACGAUUUUAUAAAUAAAUAGCAGAUUUUCCACAUGCAAUAAGAUCAUUAAAAAAAAUAAAAAGAAUGUUUAAAAUUUCUGAUCCUAAUUUAAUAGGAAAAAUAUAAAUCGAAUUAGGGAAAUUAUAUUUUCUAAAUUAAUCCUAUGUCAUUGCUUAAAAGAUUUUUUAUGAAGCUCUCUUACAUUAUGAAAAGUUGCAAUGGAAAUCAGAAAUUUCAUAUAUUUUAUUAUGGAUUGCUAAAUUAAAUUCAUGGACAAGUAUAAAAUUAAAUAUAAAUUAGAAAAUUUUGAAAUUGCUAAAAAGUUGAUUUAUGGGGCUAUUUCAAUUUUAAAGGAAUAUCUUGAAGAUGAUGAAGAAUAAAUAGCUGAAGCUUAUGUUAUUUUAGGAGAAUGCGAUUACAUAGCCAAAAAUUAUGAAUAAGCAUUAUAAUUUCUAAUGAAAGCAAUUUAAAUAAAGUUUAAUAAGUAUUAAACCUACAAUCACAUAAAAUUUGUAGAGGUUUACAAUUUAGUAGGAUUGACUUAUAGGUUGGUUCCUGA